GUGGAAGUUACCAAGUCAUGCGCAUUGCAACCUUACGUGGCAUAAGUUUGUGGUGUUGGGUAGAAGUGAUGUCUUUUAUUUAAUAUUUCUUGCAAUAUUUUUGUGUCUAAGUAUUUACAACAAUGAAUUCACAGUACUUACCACCACCAUCCUUGGGAAAUUCACAGCCAGAUUUUUCUGCCCAGUCAAAUGUAGGCGAUCAGAAUUUCCAGAAUGUUCCUUUAGGACCACCAAAAACUGGUGCUGCGCAGAAUUUUUUUCCUAAUCAGGGAGUUCCAGCAUUUACUAAUACAUUCCCUUCUGGUUUAACCCAGAAUUUGAAUAGUUCUAAUGUGACAGGAUUAAAUGGUCCUGGGCAGCAUCAAGUAAAUACUUCUAACAAUGUCCCAUCACAGUUUUCUGUACACCCUCCAACAUCUAGCACUCCCUUACCGCCAAGUUCAAAAGCGUUUAUACCUCCUACCCAACUACCACCUGUCACUCAAUUACCACCAUCCCAAUUACCAUCUUCACAACUCCCACCUACCAAAAUUUCACCUCAGCCUCUGUUGAGUCAGAGACCACCAAGCCGAGAUCAAAAUUAUGAAACACUAUCAGAUUCAAGAACUGUGGAAGCUUCUAAAGGACAAAUAAAAUUCCAAAAUGGCCCUUCACAGCAGCAAGGUACAUUGGGUAUGCCCGGCAACCUAUUGCAUUCAAAUUUGCAAACCUUACCACAUCCAGCGGGUACUCAAAAUCAAUUUCCUCCAAAUUCUGGUCCAGCAUCAUCUGGACCCAUAUCUGGUGUUCCACAUCAACAGAUGCCGCCCAGAGGAGGCCCCAAUCAACCACCUAAUCAGCCUGGUUUUCCACCAAAUAUGCCAGGUAUUUCUCAAGCAGCUUUAGAAACAUUUGCUCAGGGGCCUCCUUCCAUCACUACAGCACCUAGCGGAGCACCACUACAAGGCCGGGAGGGCUUCCCAUUGAGUGGAGGUCCACCGUUAAAUAACUUCCCCCCAACCUCGGGUGCCUUGCCAUUUGGGGGACCACCCCCUGUUGGUCCAGGGAAAGCACCGCCACUACCAGGUGGUGCUAGCAACGCUCCACCACUAGGACCUUCAGCGCAACAGUUUGCUCCACCAAGCCAGCAGCCACCAAUAAAUCCCCCGUUACCCGGAACCGCUCCAGUUGCAGGGGCGCACCCAAUAGGACAACGGCCCAGACAACAAAAUUAUCCACCCAUGCCUGGGACGCAACUGCCACCGAAUCAAUUUCCUCCUCAAAGCAAUCUUCCCCCUGGUGGUGGGUACCGACCAGGCCAAUUGCCACCAAUGCCGAACCAACCAGCCAGUGGGCCCAAUCAGUUGUCUAGCCAGUUCCAAGGGAUGAAUUUAGGUGGACCACAUCAGUACUUGCCGAACCAAGGAAAUCAGUUCAAGAAUGUUAUGAAUGGAGAAAACGGACCUCACAUGCCCCCACCUCUUAAUCAGCAGCCCUUUAUUAAUGGUCAGCAGCAGCAACAGCAGAUGAGGGGACCACAGGCACCGGGCUUCCCUCCUAUGCCGCCACAACCGAUGGGAGGGGGAUAUCCUCAACCUCAAUACCCUCAACAACCGCAACAACAACAAAAACGAUUAGACCCAGACCAGAUGCCUAGCCCUAUCCAAGUGACCCAAGACGAUCAAAACACUAGAUCGGGCGUGUUCGUCACGGCAGAGAGGGGCACGGUGCCCCCUCUGGUGACUACCAACUUUAUCGUCCAAGACCAAGGGAACGCCAGUCCUCGGUUCAUCAGAUCCUCGAUGUAUAACGUGCCCAUAUCACAGGAUAUAAUGAAGCAAACGGCUGUACCGUUCAGCUUGGUCAUCAGUCCCAUGGCUAGAACGAUGGACGAAGAGUAUCCACCCCCGUUGGUGAAUUUCGGUGAAUUGGGUCCUGUGCGAUGUAUAAGAUGCAAGGCGUACAUGUGUCCGUUCAUGCACUUUCUGGAUUCCGGGAGAAGGUUCCAGUGUUUGUUUUGCAAAGCGACCACAGACGUACCGGCCGAAUAUUUCCAACACCUGGACCAUACGGGUAGACGGCUGGAUCGGUUAGAACGUCCCGAAUUGGUCCUGGGUACUUACGAGUUUGUCGCUACCGCGGAUUAUUGCCGUGAUAACAAGCUGCCGAAACCACCAGCGAUGAUAUUCAUCAUCGACGUCUCGUACAAUAACAUAAAGUCCGGACUAGUGCAUCUGUUGUCCGCCCACAUGAAGGAGAUCGUGCGUAACUUGCCCGUCGACCAAGGUCACGAGAAAAGCAACAUGAAGGUCGGGUUUAUAACCUACAACAGUUCCGUGCACUUUUAUAAUAUAAAGGGCACGCUGGCCGCUCCGCAAAUGAUGAUCGUCGGCGACACCCAGGAAAUGUUCAUGCCCCUUCUCGACGGUUUCCUCUGCACUCCGGAGGAAUCGGAGUCGAUGAUCGACGCCCUGUUGGAACAAAUCCCGGCCAUGUUCGAGGAAACGAAAGAGACGGAGACGGUUUUGUUGCCCGCCAUCUUGGCCGGUUUGGAAGCGUUGAAGGCGUCCGAAUGCGCGGGCAAACUGCUGGUGUUCCAUUCGAGUUUGCCGACGGCGGAGGCGCCGGGAAAGUUGCGAAACCGCGACGACAGGAAACUGCUGGGCACCGAUAAAGAGAAGACGGUUUUGUCGCCCCAGACGCAGGCGUACAACCAGCUCGGUCAAGAUUGCGUCGCUGCCGGAUGUUCGGUAGAUCUUUUCGUCUUCAACAAUUCCUACAUCGAUAUCGCCACCAUUGGACAAGUAUCGAGGCUCACCGGCGGCGAAGUUUUCAAAUAUACGUAUUUCCAGGCUGACGUAGAUGGAGAGCGAUUGAUCCAAGACGUGAUAAUGGACGUCAGCAGGCCUAUAGCGUUCGACAGCAUAAUGAGGGUACGUACGUCGACCGGCAUUCGACCUACGGACUUCUACGGACACUUUUACAUGUCCAACACCACCGACAUGGAACUCGCAGCCAUAGAUUGCGACAAGGCCGUAUCGGUCGAGAUCAAACACGAUGACAAACUUUCCGAAGACGAGGGCGUCUAUAUCCAGGCCGCUCUCCUCUACACGUCCUGCUCCGGCCAACGUCGCCUGAGAAUCAUGAACCUCUCGCUGAAAGUUUGCUCGCAGAUGGCCGAUUUGUAUCGCAGCUGCGACUUGGACACCAUUAUCAACUACAUCUCAAAGCAGUGUACUUACAAAUUGCUGGAAAACAGCCCCAAGACGGUCAAAGACGCCAUAGUGAAUAGGGCCGCUCAGAUCUUAGCCACAUACAGGAAGCAUUGCGCUUCGCCGAGCAGCGCCGGACAGCUCAUCCUUCCGGAGUGCAUGAAGCUGCUUCCUCUCUACGUAAACUGUCUCCUCAAAAGCGACGCAUUAUCCGGCGGUUCCGACAUGACAAUCGACGAUCGCUCGUUUAUGAUGCAAUGCGUCAUGAUGAUGGACGUUCCGACGUCGGUCAACUACUUCUAUCCUAGAUUGGUACCGUUGCAUGACAUUGAGGGGUCUUCGGAAAGGACUGAGAUCCCCGCCCCGAUCAGGUGCACGGCGGAGAAGAUGUCCGAACAGGGAGUUUAUAUAUUAGAAAACGGCAUCCACAUGUUCCUGUGGGUGGGGCUCGAUGCAAACCCCGAAUUCGUACGGGACAUAUUCGGGACACAGUCGGCCCAUCAGGUCGACAUCGACAGGGUGAAGUUGCCCGAUUUGGAUAACCCUCGGAGCGUAGCCGUUCGCAAUAUCAUCGAACUGAUCCGCGUGCAGAGGCACAGGUGUAUGCGGUUAACGAUCGUCAAACAAAAGGAAAAAUUGGAGCCGAUCUUCAGACAUUUCCUGGUGGAGGAUCGAGGCACUGACGGCUCCGCCAGCUAUGUCGACUUUUUGUGUCACAUGCAUAGGGAAAUUAGAAGUUUACUGAGCUAGCAUUACGGGGAGGCCAGAACGAAGAGACCUAUAGGUAAAGCAGGCCGCUGGUUCGCUUCCAUCGAUCCUAACAGUACAUAUUUUCGAGAAUGCAAAAGACGGUUCGAGUACGAGGAAAACCUGUAAGAGAGAUUAUGCGGUGUGGAAAUUUGGAACCCCCAAUCUUAGCGAAUUUAAUAGUAGGGAUGGUUAUAAAUUGAAAUAACUAAAAUAUAUGUUCGAUUAGUUUCUGUUUGUAAAAGUUUAAUUAAAUAUUCGGGAGAACUUGUUUUCUUAAGUUCAGUUUUGUUUCAAAGAUAUUAAAAAAAAAUAAUUGAUUCCCUACUAGCAUUUUCUUCGUCAAACACGAUUUUCAUCACUUGUUGUUGCUCUUUGUCUGUGUUCGCCUCUGUUUUUCUUUAAAUUUGUUAAUAUUCGCCCUCUACGUUCACUUCAACGUUUCAACUGUCUUGAGAGGACCUACCCAAUAUAUCUGCUUAAUUUAUUCGUUGAAGAAGUUUUAUCAAGCGGAAAAGAAGAAAUAAUCUGAUUCUCAUCGUUUUGAUUAAAUUCGUUCAUCUGUCUUUUUUUUUUUUCGUUGUAUAAUCGGUAUCAAAUAGGCAAUAUAUUUUUUUUAAAGAAAUCGCCGUAUUUCCCCAUAAUUAAUGAAUUAUAAUUGACGGUGGACCUGCGUAGCGGAAGGUUCGUUAUCGGAGUGGGAAACGUGGCUAUUUUUCGAAGUUAGUUUUAAUAAUUAUUUUGUAUUUAUAUAUUUUAUGGUUAACCAUUUUGCGAACGGUAUGUAAUAUGUAAAAUAAAAUGCUAUUAAUCGAUAAUUGUAA